GUAUAAAAACAGUCUUCUGGGUUCCUCUCGGCGUGCAUCAAAAUAACUCUUUACACUUUAUUCGACUCAAAUAUCUAUCAUCUAAGCCUUCCGAAGGGUAAAUCGGGCUGUACGCUGGUAUGCUUGGGUAACCCGUCGGGAUUAGUUGGCAUCAGAAAAUAAAAAACAAAACUUUGAAAUCAUGAAUCGGAGCUGAUCUUCCAACUACUGCAGCAGCGGCGGCGGCCUCGGCUAGUUAGCAUUUAGUUGCUAACUAGCUCAUGAAUUCAGUCUAUUAUUACUCUCCGGAAUAAAGAGAAGGAAAUAGUGGACGGUUUUGCAGCUUCUCUGGUUAAUGUUGGACGUGAAUGGCCAUAUCACACUAGACGAUGGCUGUAACGAGGCUUGACCGAUUGUUCAUUUUGCUGGACACUGGGACAACGCCGGUGACCAGAAAAGCAGCAGCGCAACAGCUCGGAGAAGUGGUCCGACUCCACCCACACGAGCUCAACAACCUCCUGUCUAAGGUCUUGACAUAUCUACGGAGUCCAAACUGGGACACACGAAUAGCAGCAGGUCAAGCAGUAGAAGCCAUAGUGAAGAAUGUGCCUGAGUGGAACCCUGCGCCCAGACCCAAAGAUGAAGAGUCUUGUGAGGACCUGUCCCCAGAGGAAUCGUCCUGUGAUCGUCUGAGCUUCCUGCACUUUGACAUCUCCAGACUCCUCAAACAUGGAGCGUCACUGCUGGGAUCCGCUGGAGCAGAGUUUGAGCUGCAGGAUGACAAAAAUGCUGAAAUGGACCCAAAGGAGCGGUUGUCUCGGCAGAGGAAACUGCUGCAGAAGAAGUUGGGUCUGGACAUGGGUGCGGCCAUAGGGAUGGACACAGAUGAACUGUUCAAUGAUGAGGACCUGGACUACAGCGGAGCCCGGCCCCAGGGCAGGGGCACCCCGGGGUGCAGUGCACGCAACCAUGUGCCCAUGCAGGCGGCAGAGUUGAUUGACUCAGAGUUCAGGCCUGGGAUGAGCAGUCGACAGAAAAACAAAGCAAAGCGAAUGGCCAAACUUGUGGCAAAGCAGAGAUCUAGAGACAUGGAUCCAAAUGAGAAGAGUAAUGACAGCUUUGAGGGUGAACCUGAAGAGAAACGAAGGAAAAUGACCAACAUUGUGAUCGACCAACCUGCGACAGAGAACAAAGUUUUAAUUGACAACGUUCCGGACAACUCCUGUCUCCUAGAGGAAACCAGUGAGUGGCCUCUGGAGAGCUUCUGUGAGGAGCUUUGUAAUGACCUGUUCAAUCCUUCAUGGGAGGUCCGUCACGGUGCUGGUACUGGCCUUAGAGAGAUCCUCAAGUCCCAUGGAGCAGGAGGAGGGAAAUUAGUAGGAAGCACCGCUGACCAAAUGUUACGGCAGCACCAGGAGUGGAUCGAGGACUUGGUCAUUCGAUUGUUGUGUGUCUUUGCUCUUGACCGCUUUGGAGAUUUUGUGUCAGACGAGGUGGUGGCGCCUGUUAGGGAGACAUGUGCGCAGACUCUGGGUGUGGCUUUACGUUACAUGACCGAAGGGGGCGUAUCCAUGACGGUGGAGGUGCUGUUGAACCUGCUGAAGGAGGCUCAGUGGGAGGUCCGACAUGGAGGGCUGCUGGGGAUCAAAUAUGCCCUGGCUGUGCGACAGGACCUCAUCUCUUCACUGCUCCCUCGGGUACUCCCUGCCAUCACUGUGGGUCUGCAGGACUUGGAUGAUGACGUCAGAGCUGUGGCGGCGGCGGCUCUCAUCCCUGUAGUGGACGGGCUUGUACAACUGCUGCCUACUAAAGUGCCCUUCAUCGUGAAUACUCUAUGGGAUGCUCUUCUGGACCUGGACGAUCUCACCGCCUCCACAAACAGCAUCAUGACCCUGCUCUCACUGUUACUUACCUACCCGCAAGUGCGACAAAGCAGCAUGCAGCAGUCACUAACUGUCUUGGUCCCUCGAGUUUGGCCUUUUUUGAGACACACCAUCUCUUCAGUGAGAAGAGCCGCACUGGAAACCCUCUUUACACUCUUAUCCAAAGCAGACCAGAACUGUUCCAUGUGGAUAAACCCCAUCCUUCAGGACAUGCUGCGCCACAUUUUCCAGUGUUGUAUCCUGGAGAGCAAUGAGGAAAUCCUGGAGCUGGUCCAAAAGGUGUGGAUAGAGCUGUUGUCCCAGGCCCCUCAACAGUUUGUGGUGGCUGCGAGCUGUCCGUGGAUGGGGGCCUGGCUCUGCCUCAUGAUGCAGGCCUCACACAUCCCCAUCGACCUCAACAUGCUGCUGGAGGUCAAGGCGCGCUCCAAGGACAAGUCUGGUGCUAAGGCUCGUCAAGGGGGAGGUCCGGUGAAGGAAACGGUGCAGGAAUACAUCGCAGGAGCAGAGACGGUCACAGACGAUUCCAUCACCAGGGACUAUGUGGUGGUGCGGGCGCGGCUUAUGGCUGCAAAAUUACUGGGAGCCCUGUGCAGGUGCAUCUGUGAUCCUCAGCUGAACUCUUCGUCUCAGGAGCUGCGUCCGGCUGAGUCUCUGGGGCAGCUGCUGCUCUUCCACCUGAACUCGAAGUCUGCCCUCCAGCGCAUCGCUGUGUCCCUGGUGUUGUGCGAGUGGGCCGCUCUACAGAAGGACUGUCAGCUCGUGUCGUCCCUGGUGCAACCUCGUCUCUUGGCCAUCCUCUCAGAGCAGUUGUAUUAUGACGAGAUCGCCAUCCCCUUCACCCGGAUGCAGAAUGAGUGUAAACAGCUGAUUGCUCUGCUCGCCGAUGCACAGAUAGACAUCAAGGACCGCCUCAAUUGUAGCGUUUUUACUAUUGACCAGGCCAAUGAUCUGGUUACCUCGAUCUUUAGCGAGUGCACAUCACUCCUGAGCUCUAAGUCAAAGCAGUGGCAGUGUUUGGACAGUAAGAGGCAGCAGGCUCAGUCCACUGUAAUGGAAACGAACAGCGAAUGGCAACAGCUUCAUCUGCGCGUCCACAUGUUCACCGCCUGUGCCGUCAUCAACCUACAAGUGCUCCCCGAAAAACUCAACCCCCUAGUACGCCCCUUAAUGGAGACAAUAAAACGUGAGGAGAACACACUCAUUCAAGGAUACGCUGCUUCUUUUAUAGCCAAACUGCUCCAACAGUGCGCUGGUCGCUCUCCAUGUCCCAACCCCAAAAUCAUUAAGAACCUCUGCACCUCUGCCUGUCCUGUGGUGUAUGUGCUGGACCUGGCAGACAGACUCAUCUCGAAGGCCGGACCGUUCGCCGCAGCCGGGAUCAUGGUGGGGUCUAUUUACUGGACGGCGGUCACCUACGGAGCAGUCACUGUCAUGCAGGUGGUGGGACAUAAAGAGGGUCUGGAUGUGAUGGAGAGAGCAGACCCUCUGUUCCUGCUGAUCGGACUUCCCACAAUCCCAGUGAUGCUGAUCCUGGGAAAGAUGAUCCGCUGGGAAGACUAUGUGCUCCGUCUGUGGAGGAAGUACUCCAACAAGCUGCAGAUCCUCAACAGUAUAUUCCCAGGUAUUGGUUGUCCCGUCCCCAGGAUCCCUGCUGAGGCUUCUCCUUUGGCCGAUCACGUCUCUGCCACCAGGAUCCUGUGUGGAGCGCUGGUUUUCCCCACCAUCGCCACCAUCGUCGGAAAACUCAUGUUCAGUAGUGUCAACUCCAACCUGCAGAGAACCAUCCUGGGAGGAAUUGCGUUCGUGGCCAUUAAAGGAGCGUUUAAAGUUUAUUUCAAACAGCAGCAGUAUCUGAGACAAGCCCACCGCAAGAUCCUCAACUUCCCCGAGCAAGAGGAAGUUUAGGCUGGACACUUUUCAUCUGACCCCUAAAAAACCUGGAUGUACCACAGACUGCCAGUCAGACGAACGAGAGCUGUAUGUGGAGUGACACCUCUGCUCCAUAAUGGAUCUCUGCUACUGUUUUGUGUU